UUGAGAGACUGUAUAAUGGAGUGGGAACAUACGAGUGAGAAAAGAUAGUUCAGUAUAUCUUACAUUUGCAUUAAUGUAUUAUGUUACAUAUUAUUUAAUAUGCAGGUAAACAAAUACCACUCGAAUUAACAGGGGUCGCUUUUCUUUGAUUAACAUUAAUCUACUGUGUCUUGCCUAAUAUGUAGAACAUUACAAAGAGGACAGUGAAAAGGGGUUGCUUCUUAAAUCCAAUUCGUUUGUAAAUCUUCCCAGUUUUUGCUUGGAUGUUUAUAGUUUUGAAUACUGGAAUAAUGUGUGAAAAAGGACACUGCAUGAAACGAGCAUCUUCAACUUUAAAUCUUCCGAGGCCAGCUUUCUCUUAACAACCUCCUAUACAGGCUGAAACGGGCCCCUGUUGUGCUGGAGCGCGGCACAGUCAGCAAUGUGGAGCUGUGGUGGCAGGGCCCUGGACCACGCUUGCACGUUCUUGAUGGUUGUCGUCACUGGAUGAUGCAGGACUGCGCCACUGGUAAGGACAGAGCCUGUUUCUGGGACUCCUCACAGCCUGGGGCCCUCCAACCUCGCUCAUGCCUGUGAUCCCCAUACCCCGAAGGGUGCGCUCAUUCCAUGGCCCCCACACCACCUGCACGCACUCUGCCUGCGGACCCGUGAGGACCACCCAGCUGGUCCGCACCAAGUACAACAACUUUGACCUGUACCUGAAAUCGCGCUUGAUGUAUGGCUUCAUCCGCUUCCUCCUCUACUUCAGCUGCAGCCUCUUUACAUCCAUCCUCUGGGUGGCGCUCUCUGUCCUCUUCUGCCUCCAGUACUUCUGCAUCCGAGUCUUCCUACGUUUCCAGUACAAGCUCUCCAUCAUUCUCCUGCUCCUGGGGCAUCGCCGCCUGGACUUCAGCCUGCUCAAUGAGCUUUUCAUCUACAGCAUCCACGUCACCAUGUUCCUAGUUGGAGGUCUGGGUUGGUGCUUUAUGGUCUUUGUGGACAUGUAGCAUCUAUGGGAGCAAAUGGACGAUGUACAGUUUAUUGUACAUGUACAGUAGGGAAACUCUACAUGUCAGGCUGAGGUGCAGUUCUCAAUGGUUGCACAAAGGCCAGCGUAUUGAGGAGAGGAAGGAAUGUGACCUCAUUUCAGUCAGAUUAACUUCAACAUACAAACCAAAGUCCCUAAAGGCAAUCUGCAUUAUAUUUCAGGGGAAAGCAAGUUACUGAUAAAAGUUCUCCAUAGAGGUCCUUUGUAAUAGCCGUUUGAACCCCCAGACUCAAAAAUAAUCUGUGUUUUGCAUACAUCCUUAUGACAAGAAAUCAGAUUCUUUCUGCUUAUUAAACCCCCCUCUGACCUUACUGUGAGUUUACUUGAGCCUUUCUCAACUUGGUAGAAAACUCCUGAUGCCUAAUCUGAAUCAUAACUGCUGCAGCUCACAUCUCGAUCUUAAAACGCUUAGAAGUUUUCUUAUUACUGGUAAGUGUGUCCAAGCCAUGUAAAUGUCAGUUAGAUUCUACUGUUCUGUACUGAUUUUACUGUUAUUGAGUGUGUAUGACUGAAUGCACAACUGCAGGCCACACUGUAUUUUUUUUUGUACCAACAAGACUACGACUCGUGAUACCAUAAAUUGAAAUAUGGGACCACAGUGAAUAAGAUGAUAGAAUAAAGAAGGAAACAGUGACCAAAAUAACACAUUUUUCUGCCAUUGAGAGAACAUAACACAAAUGCCAGCUAUGUCUGGCUAUUCUGGUCUGUUAUACUGUAUAUGAAAUGUCUGUUGAAACAUGGUAUAGAGAGAUUGUAAGGGAGAUUUUAGAUAUUAAAAAAUUAUAGUGUUGCCAAUUUUUAUUGUUUUACAAAUGCAAACAGUAUAGCAUUAUUAUUAAUAAUUAAACCUAUAAUUAUUAUUCACCCAAAAAAGUUCAUCAAUGUUACUGUACUCAUUAUAAAUAUAUUAAUUGGUGUUUACAGUAUGUGUACAAUUUUGAAGUGUUCCCUGAAUCUUAAAAAUCUUAAAAAUCUGGCCAAAUAAAUAAAAUCUUUCGAAAUUAUGCAUUUGUUCUCACCCAUUUUCUACACUUAAUUACAUUAUUGUAGUCUAAACAUGUUCAAUGCAUUGCAAUGUGAAAUGACUCAAUUUAAUAAAACAAAUAGUGCAA